UCGGCUUCGUCAGUCUCAUCACUGUGUGUGUACGAGAGGAGACGGAGUACACGCAGAGAGGCGACGUAAAGGCUUGCCUUUCAGUCCCAGCAGGUGCUGCUGAGGCACGCUUCCCUCCAUCCCAGCUAGCUAGCUUUGUAGCGUAGCCACACCCACGUAGUUUUCCAAAGGUCAGGGUGCAUUCAGAGUUUGCAGUUUUGCGGACAAACUAUGGCAUGGUGGCUCUGGUCCCUGCCGAGAGCUCGGCGUGGGCUUCCUUCCCUCUCUCGCCUGGCUAGCCAAAGCAAGCGUGGUCUCUCCGUGUCCUCCUCACGUGACGUCCAGUUCUAUGAGACUGCAGAGAGCACAGUCGAGGAUGUGGCAAAUGGCUCAAAACUUUUAGUCGGAGGAUUUGGAUUGUGUGGCAUUCCAGAGAACCUGAUUGGAGCUCUCAGGAGGAAGGGAGUGAGGGAUCUGGUCAUUGCCAGCAACAAUGCAGGUGUGGAUGGGUUUGGGCUGGGUCUGUUACUGGAGGGACGACAGGUGAAGAGAAUGAUCUCCUCUUAUGUCGGGGAGAACGCCGAGUUUGAGAGACAGUUCUUGUCCGGGGCGCUGGAGGUGGAGCUAACUCCUCAGGUCACAUCUCAUUAUAUACACUCUCUGUGAAUCUCUAUCUCAUCUAUCAUGCAAACAUCCUUAAUAUGUCAGUGUUUCUGCUGCAGGGAACUCUGGCAGAGCGGAUCAGAGCAGGUGGAGCUGGGGUGCCUGCCUUCUUUACCCCCACGGCCUACGGGACUCUGGUCCACCGAGGAGGAGCUCCGAUCAAAUACGACGGCUCAGGCAGCGUCCAGAUUGCCAGUCAACCCAGAGAGCAUCGAGAGUUUGGUGGUCGUCAGUACAUCAUGGAGGAAGCCAUAACUGGAGACUUUGCCCUCAUCAAAGCCUGGAAGGCUGACAACAGUGGAAACCUGGUCUUCAGAAAAUCAGCUCGAAACUUUAAUGUACCCAUGGGGAAGGCUGCCCGGUGUACCAUCGCUGAGGUGGAGGAGAUAGUGGAGGGAUCGUUUGUAGCAGAGGACAUCCACCUUCCUCACGUCUAUGUGGAUAGAGUGGUCCUGGGACACAGCUAUGAGAAGAGAAUUGAAAGAUUGACACUAAGAAGAAGAGGGGAGGAGGGGGAGGGGUCAGGGGGACAGGGGACCAGCGAGGGUGCAAGAAUUAGGGAGAGAAUCAUUCGCAGAGCGGCUCUCGAAUUUAGAGAUGGAAUGUAUGCCAACCUGGGGAUUGGUAUGCCCAUGUUGGCUAGCAACUACAUUCCAGACGGGAUGAAAGUCACGCUACAAAGUGAAAACGGAGUACUAGGGCUUGGUCCAUUUCCUUUUGAGGGGGAGGAAGAUGCAGACCUUAUCAAUGCUGGUAAAGAGACAGUGACAGUUCUUGAUGGAGGAUCUUUCUUCUCCAGUGAUGAGUCAUUUGCCAUGAUACGAGGUGGGCACAUUGACAUGACAAUGCUCGGUGCCAUGCAGUAAUCUCUAGUAAUCUGUGUGUCAGGUGUCUCAGUAUGGAGACCUGGCUAACUGGAUGAUCCCAGGGAAGAUGGUGAAGGGAAUGGGAGGAGCCAUGGACCUCGUCUCUUCUCCCACCACCAGAGUCGUGGUCACAAUGGAGCACACGGCCAAGGGAGGAGCUUAUAAGAUAUUGGACGAGUGCAGUUUGCCUCUGACCGGCAAGAAUGUGGUGGAUCUUAUAGUCACUGAGAUGGCGGUGUUUGAGGUGUGUAGGGAGAGAGGUCUGAGGCUGGUGGAGAUUGGGGAGGGAGUGAGUCUGGACGAUAUCAGAGCUGCCACUGGAGCCUCGUUUCAGGUUUCUGCUGACUUGAAGACAAUGGGACAAGUAUAAUGUUUCGUAAAAUAAAAUUUGACAUGUUUAAUAAAGUGCAAAUAUUGUGACUCCCAUCAGUCCCAUGCCAUCUAGUUUGCUAACAGCACAAGCUGUGGAAAAUGUGUCAUAGAACAACCAGCAGGGACUAAAGGAGACUAUAUCCCUGCUUAGCUGUCUGGAACCCUUGGUGCAAUACUGCAUCUUCGUGCACUUUGUGGCGUGUGUUUGGUUUCUCUGACAUGUUUUUGCUUAUUCCGAGUUGGAAUUUCUGCUAUGUAAGCCACUGCAUUGAGACCAUCAUAGCUAGAUA